AGGAUCUGGACUGUCUACGCGUUUUGGCUUGUAGAGCUUUUAAUUGUCCUGGAGUGGGACUUAUUGCAAGCUCUCAAAUCUGGGGUCGUAUUUUGUUGAGUCGAAAGUGAAAUUUUCCUCCGGUCGAUGUGACAGCAUUUGACAUUGUGCAGCAAAGAAAUGGUUAUGGAGAAGCCCAGUCCGCUGCUUGUAGGGCGGGAAUUUGUGAGGCAAUAUUAUACUUUGCUGAAUAAAGCUCCAGAAUAUUUACACAGAUUUUAUGGCAGGAAUUCUUCCUAUGUUCAUGGUGGAGUAGAUGCUAGUGGAAAGCCCCAGGAAGCUGUUUAUGGCCAAAAUGAUAUACACCACAAAGUGUUGUCUCUGAACUUCAGUGAAUGUCAUACUAAAAUUCGUCAUGUGGAUGCUCAUGCAACCUUGAGUGAUGGAGUAGUUGUCCAGGUCAUGGGUUUGCUGUCUAACAGUGGACAGCCAGAGAGGAAGUUUAUGCAAACCUUUGUUCUGGCUCCUGAAGGAUCUGUUCCAAAUAAGUUUUACGUUCACAAUGAUAUGUUUCGUUAUGAAGAUGAAGUGUUUGGUGAUUCUGAACCAGAACUUGAUGAAGAAUCAGAAGAUGAAGUAGAAGAACAACAAGAAGAAAGGCAGCCAUCUCCUGAACCUGUUCAAGAAAAUGCCAACAGUGGUUACUAUGAAGCACACCCUGUGACUAACGGCAUAGAGGAGCCUUUGGAAGAAUCCUCCCAUGAGCCUGAACCUGAGCCAGAAUCUGAAACAAAGGCUGAAGAGCUGAAACCUCAAGUGGAGGAGAAGAAAUUAGAAGAAUUAGAGGAGAAGUCGACUUCUCCUCCUCCUGCAGAACCUGUUUCUCUGCCGCAAGAACCACCAAAGCCAGGAGUUGAAGCUAAACCGGAAGUUCAGUCUCAGCCACCUCGCAUGCAUGAACAACGACCUAGAGAGCGACCUGGUUUCCCUCCUAGAGGACCAAGACCAGGCAGAGGAGAUACUGAACAGAAUGAAUCUGACAACCGUAGAAUAAUUCGCUAUCCAGAUAGUCAUCAACUUUUUGUUGGUAACUUGCCACAUGAUAUUGAUGAAAAUGAAUUGAAGGAAUUCUUCAUGAAUUUUGGAAACGUUGUGGAAGUUCGCAUCAAUACCAAGGGUGUUGGGGGAAAGCUUCCAAAUUUUGGUUUUGUGGUUUUUGAUGACUCUGAACCAGUUCAGAGAAUCUUAAUUGCCAAAUCAAUUAUGUUUCGAGGGGAAGUACGUUUAAAUGUGGAAGAGAAAAAAACAAGAGCUGCGAGAGAGCGAGAAACUAGAGGUGGUGGUGAUGAUCGCAGGGAUAGUAGGCGCAAUGAUCGAGGUCCUGGUGGUCCACGUGGAAUAGUUGGUGGUGGAAUGAUGCGUGACCGCGAUGGAAGAGGACCUCCUCCAAGAGGCGGCAUGGCACAGAAACUUGGCUCUGGAAGAGGAACCGGGCAAAUGGAAGGCCGCUUUACAGGACAGCGUCGCUGAAGCUCCUCUGUUGGCAGAGUUUUGGCAGUGGUACAUUAUUCAUCGUGUUUGCAUUCUUGUUAAUUUUUUUUUUUUUUU